CAGCCCGGCGCCGGGGGGCGGGUCUGCGGUGAGAGGGGCACGAGCGCCCGCGGCCGGGCCUGAAGUCAUCGGCUCCGCCGCUGCCGCCUCCAGCGCUACCAUCGCCUCUCCCGGAUUGUGGCAGGGAAGAUGGAGCCCCUGACCGUCGCUACGGACAGCGGGGAGCGGCCCGGGGCCCCGGUUGGCUCUGGCCUGUCGGCUUCCCAGCGUCGGGCCGAGCUGCGGCGGCGAAAGCUGCUCAUGAACUCGGAACAGCGCAUCAACCGGAUCAUGGGCUUUCACAGGCCCGGGGGCGGCUCGGAAGAAGAAAGUCAAACAAAAUCAAAGCAACAGGACAGUGAUAAACUGAACUCCCUCACCAUUCCUUCAGUUUCAAAGCGAGUGGUGCUGGGUGAUUCCGUCAGUACAGGAACAACUGACCAGCAGAGUGGUGUGGCAGAGGUAAAGGGGACUGAGCUGGGAGACAAAUUGGACUCUUUCAUUAAACCACCUGAGUGCAAUAAUGAUGUAAGCCUUGAGCUUCGGCAGCGGAACAGAGGGGACUUGACAGCAGACACUGUCCAGAGGGGUUCUCGCCAUGGCCUAGAACAGUACCUCUCCAGAUUUGAAGAAGCAAUGAAGCUAAGGAAACAACUAAUUAGUGAAAAACCCAGUCAAGAGGAAGGAAAUACAACAGAAGAAUUUGACUCUUUCCGAAUAUUUAGAUUGGUGGGAUGUGCUCUUCUUGCCUUUGGAGUCAGAGCUUUUGUUUGCAAAUAUUUGUCCAUAUUUGCUCCAUUUCUUACUUUACAACUUGCAUACAUGGGACUAUACAAAUAUUUUCCCAAGGGUGAAAAGAAGAUAAAGACAACAGUACUAACAGCAGCACUUCUAUUAUCUGGAAUUCCUGCUGAAGUGAUAAAUCGAUCAAUGGAUACCUACAGCAAAAUGGGCGAAGUUUUCACAGAUCUCUGUGUCUACUUUUUCACCUUUAUCUUUUGUCAUGAACUGCUUGAGUAUUGGGCCUCUGAAGUACCAUGAAGCCUGCAGAACUCAGGAGAAGCUUACAGAAAACCAAUUUCUCUCACAUUGCAGUGUCUUUAAAGGAGGCAAAUCGGGUUACAUCUUUAUGUAAUUCUUUUACUUUGUAGGGGUUGUGAAACUACUUGAUAUGGAACGAAAUGGCAGAUUAUCUGACUUAAAAGCGUUGAGUUUGUAUUAAUACUGAUGUGAAGAAUAGAGUACCAAUGUCAUUAACUGAUUUUUCUUGUUUAAUUAGAAUCCCUAGUCUACAUCUUUCCCUAACUUCUAAGAUUUGUAUUUCGCCAGAGAAACAAGGUCUCAGCUAGCCCUUUGUAAUUGGGGACUGUGUAUGUAUUUGGUUGUUCUUUCCUGAGAAAUGAUGCCAUCUUAAAAAUAAAAUGAAAGAAACUGAA